AUGGACUGUGGGCCGCCUGCCACCCUCCAGCCCCGUCUGGCUGGGCCGCCUGGCACUGCCCACCGCCCAGUGGCCGUGUGCCAGCAGGAGAGCCUGUCCUUCGCGGAGCUGCCCGUCCUGCAGCCUCCAGGCCCCAUGUGCCUGGAUCUCUUCCCCGUGGCUCCAGAGGAGCUGCAGGCGCCCGGCAGCCGCUGGUCUCUGGGGACCCCUGCUGCCCUCCAGGGGCCGCCGUGGCCACCGCCUCCCGGAGCCGCAGACCCUGAGCUCUCCUCCAGGGAGGGGAUGCGGCCUAGCCGGGCUGGCAGCUGGCCACACUGUCCUGGUGCCCAGCCCCAAGCCCUGGAGGGACCCAGGAGUCCCCAGCACCCACAGCCACAGCGCCGGGCCAGCCACGGAUCAGAGAAGAAGUCGGCCUGGCGCAAGAUGCGGGUGUACCAGCGAGAAGAGGCCCUCGGUGGCCCCGAGGCCCACGUUGUCUUCCUGGAGCCAAGCCAGGCCGCGGAGCAGGGGCUGAGCUCAGAGGAGCCCCGGCCCGCGGGGCUGCCUGGGCCUGCUCGCGGGGGCCUCGAAGGGCCUGAGCGGAGGCGCUUCUCGGCCUCUGAGCUGAUGACCCGCCUGCACUCUUCCCUGCGCUUGGGGCGGAAUUCAGCAGCCAGGGCACGGAGCCCAGGGUCAGGGUCAGGCCCCGGAGCUGCCCGAGAAGGGAAAGUGUCUGCGAGAGACUCGCUCAGUGUAGAGAUGAGGGUGGACGCCACGGCGACGCCAGCUCCUGUUGACCUGAGCGAGGUCCCCGGCAGCUGGCCGGAGCCCAGGCUGGAUGCGCGGGAAGAGCCGGUGCCAGGGCCCCGGAGCGCCAGCGAGCGGCGCCAGUCCCGGUUCCUGCUUAACUCCGUCCUCUACCAGGAAUACAGCGACGUGGCCAGCGCCCGCGAGCUGCGGCGGCAGCAGCGCGAGGAGGAGGGCGCGGCGGACGAGGCUGAGGGCGCGGAGGAGGGCCCGGGGCCGCCGCGCGCCGACCUCUCCCCGAGCAGCUCGUUUCGGGCGCAGCGCGCCGCGCGGGGCUCCACCUUCUCGCUGUGGCAGGACAUCCCCGACGUGCGCGGCAGCGGCGUCCUGGCCACGCUGAGCCUGCGCGACUGCAGGCUGCAGGAGGCCAAGUUUGAGCUGAUCACAUCCGAGGCCUCCUACAUCCACAGUCUGUCGGUGGCCGUGGGCCACUUCUUAGGCUCGGCGGAGCUGAGUGAGUGCCUGGGGACACAGGACAAGCAGUGGCUGUUCUCCAAACUGCCCGAGGUCAAGGGCACCAGCGAGAGGUUCCUGCAGGACCUGGAGCAGCGGCUGGAGGCGGACGUCCUCCGCUUCAGCGUGUGCGACGUGGUCCUGCAGCACUGUCCGGCCCUCCGGCGCGUCUACCUGCCCUACGUCACCAACCAGGCCUACCAGGAGCGCACCUACCAGCGCCUGCUCCUGGAGAACCCCAAGUUCCCUGGCAUCCUGGCUCGCCUGGAGGAGUCUCCUGUGUGCCAGCGGCUGCCCCUCACCUCCUUCCUCAUCCUGCCGUUUCAGAGGAUCACCCGCCUCAAGAUGCUGGUGGAGAACAUCCUGAAGCGGACAGUGCAGGGCUCUGAAGAUGAAGACAUGGCCACCAAGGCCUUCAAUGCCCUCAAGGAGCUGGUGCAAGAGUGCAAUGCCAGUGUGCAGUCCAUGAAGAGGACAGAGGAGCUCAUCCAUCUGAGCAAGAAGAUCCACUUUGAGGGCAAGAUCUUCCCGCUGAUCUCUCAGGCCCGCUGGCUGGUCCGGCACGGGGAGCUGGUGGAGCUGGCACCCCUGCCCGCAGUGCCCCCGGCCAAGCUGAAGCUGUCCAGCAAGGCGGUGUACCUGCACCUCUUCAACGACUGCCUGCUGCUCUCCCGGCGGAAGGACCUGGGGAAGUUUGCCGUCUUCGUUCACGCCAAGAUGGCUGAGCUGCAGGUGAAGGACCUGAGCCUCAAGCUGCAGGGCAUCCCCGGCCACGUGUUCCUCCUUCAGCUCCUGCACGGACAGCGCACGAAGCACCAGUUCCUGCUGAGGGCCCAGACGGAGAGUGAGAAACAGCGAUGGAUCUCCGCCAUGUGCCCCUCCAGCCCCCAGGAGGACAAGGAGGUCAUCAGCGAGGGGGAAGUGAGGGAGCCCCAGUUCGAUCGCUGGCUCGGGGAGGUCACCUGGAAGAGGGAACGGGUACUGCUAACGACAAGUCCCUUAGACCACCCCCAGGUUCAGUGUGUCAGAACAUAUAAGGCACUGCAGCCAGACGAACUGACUUUGGAGAAGACGGACAUCCUGGCCGUGAGGAUGCAGACCAGUGACGGCUGGCUGGAGGGGGUGCGCCUGGCAGAUGGCGAGAAGGGCUGGGUUCCCCAGGCCUACGUGGAGGAGAUCAGCAGCCUCAGUGCCCGCCUCCGGAACCUCCGGGAAAAUAAGCGGGUCACAAGUGCUACCAGCAAGCUGGGGGCGCCCCCCGUGUGAU